AUGAAGGUUUUGGCUUGUCCCAAUUCUAAACCAAAUAAGAGUGCAGGAGACCUAGUGGGUAUAGGUACCGAUCGGAGAAUAGCUUCAGGUAGCCCCUAUAGACGACAUCCGUGGGGUUCAUCGGAACUAUAUAACAAAGGUAUCCAUCAAUCAGUCAUCAACAUACCAGCCUCUUCACUUCGCUUCUCGCUCUCCUAUAACUCUAAUCAAGAUGCUUUCCACAAGGGUAUGAAAUAUUUGGAUAAAGUCUCACUCUCGAUGGCAAAGCUGGGGAAGAUCGAUCUAAGGGGUGAACCUAUUUCCGGAUUCCUUCUAGUGCUUAAGGCGAAAGAAGAUCAGACUAAGUUCCUUUCCCCAUUCUUGGGUGGAUUAGAAGCAUUAGAAGAUCUUCCCCAUCCCUAUUGGAAUGAAUGCUUGAAUAGUCCUUUCCCCUUUGGCCAAGCUAGUAAAGUACCUCAUUCUAUCAUUUCUUACUUGACUUUUUUGACUGUAGCGGUUACGGCUAGACUACUUUGCUCAGCCACUCCUUGCUUCAUUUUUGAAUGGAAAAGAAAGGCUAUUUUCAGUUACGGACUUAGGGACCCGGGUCAAAAAGAUGUCUUUCGCCCUGAGAUAGAUUUCUUUCUCGGAUCCGCUAUAUAUUAUACAUUGGUUCAAGAAGGGCCUUCCAAACUGGAUCAUCCCACUCACUGUCUGUGGGGUAGGAGGUUGUCACCGACAGAGCGCAAUUACACCAUAACUGAAAGAGAAGGACUCACAUGGUACAUUCUGUACAGAAGUUUCGACAUUAGCUAUUAG